AUGUUUUUUUAUGUAAAAGAAAUGAAGGCAAAUCUAUUGAGUUACUCCAAAAUUACUGACAAACAUUCAAUCUGUUCAAGUGGGAGAUUGUCAAAAAUUUAUAACAAUUAUGGAAAGGUUAUGGCCAUUGCAAUUAAGGAUGAGAGACUGUAUAAGAUGACAAGUUACAUGUACGAAGAAAUAUUGCAAGCAAAUAUGAGUAUAAAAGAAAAACUACAUCGCACUAUGGGCCAUAUUAAUUUAAAAAAUUUGGAAUUAAUGUGUAAAAAUGAGUCAUUAGAAGGAUUACCUAAAAGUAUUGAAUAUGAAUAUUUAAAAUGUGCAAUAUGUAUUGAAAAUAAAAUGCAUAACUUACCAUUUCAAAAUAAUCGACGAAAAGCAGAGAACAUAUUAGAGAUAGUACAUACAGAUUUAAAUGGGCCACAUCAGACUACAGGAUAUAAUGGAAAAAAAUAUUUUUUAAGCUUUUUGGCGGUUAAACUUACUCUUAGAGGACGGGAUAUUCUGGUAUUUUCAGUUUACAUGCCAACUAGAUGUCAUAAUAACUUGCCGAUUUUUACUGAAGUACUAGGUGAAAUUAGUGCCAUUGAGGCGAGUUGUAAUGUCGAAACCGUUUACUUGUUAGGUGAUUUUAAUGCAGAUCCUAAUGAAUAUUUUUAUACUGAGCUUUAUAACUUCUGCUCGGAUAGAUUAUGGGUUUGUGCGGAUGUAGACAUGUUAGGUGUUGACUCGGGAACAUAUACUUUUUCCGACUCCUACCACGGGACGAGGAGUUGGCUGGACCAUAGUGUGGUAUCCCAAUCAGCAAUGAUGUCGAUUGUGAGGGUCAGUGUACUUGAGGAUGUCUUUCUCUCUGAUCAUUUACCAUUGUUUGUAGAAUGCAAUAUGGACAUCGUGAGCCCCAAACUCAUGACCCGCGGCGUAACGGGUUCCGCUGUAAUUUGGGGUGAAAGGGAUGACUCACAAAUAAAUAGAUACCAGAGCCUUUGCCAUGCGUGUUUGCGAGAUAUUGACUUACCUAAGGAAUUGGAGGAGUGUAGCAGCGGGUCAUGUGACUUGGCGGAUCAUAAACGUAUCUUGGAUGGGAUGUAUGAACAGAUAGUUCUCAUAUUAACAGAAGCGGCAACCAAAACUAAAGAACGUCAUAAAUGUAAUAUGGUUGUCAAAAAUAAGGUAUUGUGUGGUUGGAAUAGCCAUGUGAGAGACGCACACAGGGAGGCCCGGUUCAGAUUUGGCAUAUGGGUAUUCCAUAAUAGGCCGGCCGCAGGCCCAUUUUACGAUCAAAUGUGUGAGUCUAGGAAAAUUUACAAGGGUAGAUUAAAAUGGUGCCAAAACAAUCAGGACCAAAUCAAAAUGGACAAAAUAGCAAAAUUAAGAGCGGAUAAGAAUUUUGGGAAAUUUUGGAAGGCCACAAAUGUACUGGGUAAGGGACCGGGACUGCCUGUGUGUGUAGACGGAAAGAGCGACGCUGAGGAGAUCGCAAACAUGUUCAGAGAACAUUUUCAGGUGCGGUCCCCUCUGGGUCAAUCCACUGCAGGUUUUGAUGCUGUUCUGAGUCACCCGGGGAUUGAGCCAUUGCUUUUGUUUACUGCGGGUCAUGUAAAUGACAUAAUAACGGGUAUGUGCAGAGGCAGGUCCCCGGGGCACGACGGACUUAGUAUUGAGCAUUUGAAGUAUGCGGGGAGUCAUCUGCCGAGGGUCCUGUCUUUGUUUUUUAAUAUGUGUUUUAGACAUUCGUACCUACCAGCUAAUCUUAUGAAAACAAUAGUUGUGCCAAUAGCUAAAAACAAGACAGGUAACAUCUCAGAUAGAAACAAUUAUCGUCCAAUCUCUCUCGCAACUAUCGUGGCCAAGGUAUUGGACGGUUUGCUUGAUUCUUGUUUACAGAAGUACCUAAAAAUACACGACGCCCAGUUCGGUUUUCGACCGAAACUAUCCACUGAAAGCGCAAUUCUGGCUCUCAAGCACACCGUCCACUAUUACACCAACCGCAAGACACCGGUGUACGCCUGUUUCUUAGAUCUCUCCAAAGCCUUCGAUCUCGUUUCAUACGAUGUGCUCUGGGGAAAAAUGAGGGACAGGGGUAUACCGGUUCAGUUGAUUAAUUUGUUUCGGUAUUGGUAUGCAAACCAAACCAAUUCUGUGAAAUGGUCGAACAGUAUCUCUGAGCCAUACGGGUUGGAGUGUGGAGUGAGACAGGGGGGGAUAUCGUCUCCUACACUCUUCAACCUGUAUGUUAAUGAUCUCAUAGUUGAGCUUAGCAGCAGGCGUGUCGGAUGCUGGGUGGGGGGUGUUAAUGCUAACAACUUUAGUUACGCAGACGACAUGGUGGUGCUGGGACCGACUGUGAGGGCCAUUGCAGAGCUGUUAGAGGUAUGUGAGUCAUAUGCCAAGGCACAUGGUCUCAUAUACAAUGUUAAGAAGAGUCAGUACAUGAUCUUUAAGGCCGGUGGUAAAUGUCCUGAACACAUCUCCCCCGUAUUAAACGGGGUGAAAUUGACGCGUGUUUAUCAAUUCCGUUACCUGGGACAUAUUCUCACUGAUGACCUUAGGGACGAUGCAGAUAUAGAGAGGGAGCGCAGGUCUCUGGCGAUUCGCGGAAAUAUGCUGAUAAGAAGGUUCGCCCGUUGUUCAGACCAAGUAAAAAUAACACUCUUUAAAGCCUACUGUCAGAGUAUGUACACGGGCAGCCUUUGGUUUAGUUACACUAAAAAAUCGCUAAAUACACUGCGCAUACAGUAUAAUAACAUUUUCAGGAUGAUGUUGAAACUCCCUCGCUUUUGCAGCGCCUCCGGUAUGUUUGCUCAGGCCCAAACGGAUGGGUUUCAUGCCAUAAUUAGAAAGAGAGUGUCAUCUAUGCUAAGGAGGGUGCGGGGGAGUGAAAACAGUAUCCUGAAAAUAGUGGCUCAGGAUCUCAAUGCACCUCUGCUGAGACACUUCGUCCGGGUGAUGACGGAAAUAGAAGACUGUCGUAUUGGUGUACGUGAUCAUCCGCACGGAGUGCCUCGCAAGUACAUGAUUUACUGA